UUAAGCAAGCGAGAGUUGAUAGCUCUAGGACAGAGAACAGGACCAUUAUAUCCCAUGACCAGAAUUUCUGCAGUACAGACGACUAUCGGUCUAUGAUGUUUCUUCCAACUUAGCCUACCAAAGCCUCACAUAGGCAAUUCUAUAUUAACAAGGGACCUUGGAUUUGAAUUAUGUGAUCUUGUGGAAUUAGUUACCUCACUGAGUUCAUGCGUUCAUUCUUCAAAAAGCCCACUUGGGCGAAUGCUGACACUGAAGCUCCCCUGACUGAGUUUUACCGUCGUUCACAGCACCUUUAUUCGGAUAUAGUGGCAGAACAGCAGCACAAUGCUGAAAGCGAUCAUGAAGAGGAAAAACAGCCCAAUCCGGUGACAGAUGAAGAGUUGAGAGGGGAGAGACAUGUGAAGAGGCAAUGUACCUCAUCUAAUAAUAGAGUGACGGUAUCUAGUUGUCCUGUUCCGAAACCAACUUCAUUUACCAUUAAAGGUCGACAGACAAACCCUGUCGACCUCGAUAUAGCGACCAAACCACUCGAAUGUACCACGACAGUAGAACAGUUACUUCCUGAACCGGUAUCCGAGACAAGCAAUGAUGAGUCACUGUCGGAAGAGGAAUUUCCGGAGCUUGCACGAAAGGCCCGCGAAAGGGCACGCCAACAUGUAGCACCUUCGAGUGGCCAUGCUCCAACGAUGCAGAAGCCCGAUCUUCAUAAACCGCGAAACGAAUUUAAUGCAGAGUCCCCGGAUCCUAUCGUCCCUGGGCCCCACUGCAAAACUGGUGAAGCUCCUCUCUGCGACCCAGUUGUACACAUUCUUAUUACUUCUUCGAUUGAAAAUACAAAACCACUGCUCGUCCGCCGGCGAUUGUCUCAAAAUCUAGGGGAUGUACGAAAGGCCUGGUGCAACAAGCAGGCAUUCAGCCCCAAACUCGCCUUUUCUAUUUUUCUCACAUGGAAAGGCCGACGAGUGUUCGAUGUUACUACCUGUCAGAGCCUAGGGAUCCGAGCUCCGGCAGCCAGUGACAGCUCUUUCUUUGCGAAUAGCUUUUCAAACGAUGACGGGAUCUUACGUAUUCAUAUGGAGGCCACUACGCAAGAAUUGGUCGAAAUGCAGAAACGGCAAGGAUAUAUGAGCCUACAUCAGGCAGAGAGAUCAAGUAUUGCGCGGGAAGAGAUUACAGAGCAGGUGAUUCGCAUUACCCUACGGACUCCAAGCUCCGAAGAUUUCAAACUCAAAGUUCGGCCGACAUCCAAAAUAUCUGAUGUCAUUAAAACCUUUCGCACUGCUCUGGAAAUUUCAGAGAAGGUGGUUGACUUUCAUUUUGAUGGUGAACGUCUUAAUCCUGAUUCUUCGGUCAGGGAUAAUGAUAUUGAUGAUCUGGAUUGUAUUGAUGUUGUUAUAAAGAAUUGUAGAUGA